CCCCGUAAGGAGACAAAGCUCGGUGCGGCGUAAUUGCCAUUGCCUAACAGCAAGCUCCCCUCGCUCUCCAGAUCCCCCGCUCAACCACAAUCACCACCACUACCCACCCCCGUCUCCCCAAUUUCCCUCCGUCCCGCCGCAAAAUCAUCCGCGCCCAGACAGCUGUCCUCCCACAGACACGGCCAAAACCAGCUCUUCGUCCGGAGCGCUAAUCUGCAGCUUGAGUGCAUCAACCCGGCCAACCUGCAUUGACUUGCGCCGUUCACUGCGCCGCCGCUCGCAUUAUCGCAUUCCCCUCCGCGCGCUCGCUCUCGGGCCUCGACCACCUCCACGAUGCCGGACAAGUUUGUUGAUUGGUCCAAGACGACCACGUCCAGGGACUACCGCGGGUCCAGCUCCUUUGCGACCUUUAUGAUCGUUGGGCCCAUCUUCUUCUUCCUCGGCAUGAUCUUCACGCAGCUGCCCUACGACUACCCUCUGCUGUGGACGUCGGCGCCCGUGGACCCGUCCUACAUUGCCGAGCUCGAGACGCACCUCAAGUUCCUGCACCAGUCGCCGCCGCUCAUCUCGCGCAUGCUCAGCAUCAUGAUUGGUGUGGGCUUCCUCGGCCUUUUCAUCAAGCUUUUCAAGGCGUCCGAGGCCAACAUGCUCUUCGAUGGCGCCUCGCUUGUCAUGUACCUCAUCGGCGUCGGCAUCUACGUGGCCAACAUUGUCAAGGGCCUGCGCAUGGUCAGCGCCGACUACUGGAACUCGGAGGACUACCUGCGCGCCAAGGCCGAGGAGGUCGCAGGCCAGCAGCAGAGCUUGGUGCUCGGCAAAGAGGACAGCCUGAAGGUCCUGGCCGCUAGCAACACCAUCCUUGCCCUCGUCCUCAUAGGUGUCCUCGUGCUCCAGGCUGGCCAGUGGUAUGCCGAGCGCAAGGACCUCCAGGAGAUUGAAAAGGCCGCCGCCGAGGCUGCCCAGGCCGAGCAGGUCCCUGGAAGCCCUAGGCUGAGCAAGAAGAAGCAGUAGAUUGCUGUUGCUUCGGCAGCGUCGCCCAUCCUCAGGUCUUGAUACAUAGUGUGGCCGCACAAGGGAAAUUUUGGGUGAUUCUAUGGGUGGGCUGGCUGAUUUAGUUUUGGGGGCUGGGGGAGAUGUUGGCGUUUCCAAGGUUCUCUUCACGUAGCCACCUUGUAUAACUUGUGAAUACUAUUUUCGACUCCGCAGCUCAUGCCGGCUUGCGCCCAACUGGACAUGGCCAGCCAAGCGUAACACGAGCAUAUGUCUCAGCAGACUGCGGUCGACACGUCUGUACAGAAUAUCGUAAUUGAUAACCAAGCUCAAGUCCAAUGCGACGAUGUGUCCGGCGGAAUCGAGCGCAGCGCCAAAGUCAUU